AUGCGCCCCCUGGUGUUUGCAUGCAGUCAUUGCAUCCAGCAGAUCCUGGAGGCGGUGCUACACUGCCAUCAAAUGGGCGUGGUGCACCGAGACCUGAAGGUGAGUGACAGGUAUCACCUUGCUGCCUGUAUGUUGUCCCUUGGGUGUGUGUGUCCAAUGUGUAUGUGUGCGUGUGUGUAACUGUUGCCCCUUCAGUGUGUGUCCAGUGUGUGGUGUUGGUAUGUGUAUAGGUGUAUCUAUCCUCUAUUUGUGUGUUGGUGUAAGUGAAAUUUUCCAGCAUCACUGUUUGUGGAUUGUAGCUUUAGAUAAGUAUUUAGUCUCUUCCGUUAUGCUGUAGGUUGUCAGGCCUACCCAUUAGUUUGCAUAUUAAAAGCAAUCAAAAGCAGUCAGUUGGCCAUGGUCAGUCUCCUGUUUUCAGGUCAGAAUCCCUACCUGCUUUAGCACCAUCUCUCUCUGCACCAUGUGUUCUGUGACCUUUGGCCUCUCUGGUUGUGUCUUGCCAAAUGCUGCUCCCCUAUCUCUCUCCUGUUGUUGAAACAGCACCUUUCACUCUUGCCAAAUGCAGACCCUCUCUCUCCUGUCCUCUUGUUGAAACAGCACCUAUCCUAGUCUGUGGAGAAUGCCAGUAUGCAUGGCUCUUCUAUGCUAUGCUAGGCUAUGCCAUGCUAUGCCUCGCUAAACUAUGCUAUGCUAUGCUAUACUAUGCCAGCCCUCUCUUGGAACAGGGUUUGUCUCUCCUACUCCUCAGCCUAGGCUGCUGUAUUAAAGUUAGCCCCAUGCUAUUAUGAUUCCCAAUAGCCUACAGAUUUCUAAAGGGCAAUCGCUUUGUCCAAUUUAUUUGUCUCUAAGGUGCUUCCAAUGGAAUUGUAUAGCUUCCAGUGGUUUACUGAGUCUACUGUGAUUGGCUUGCGGUCGGUGCAGUCCUUUCCUGUUCUGUCCUAUCCUGUGUGUCUGUGUGUACGUUUGCGGGUCUGUGAGCUUGUGUGUUAUUAUAACUAUUAUUAUAUCAUUAUUAUAACUAUGCCUUGUUUUGCAUGAUGCUAGUCUGCCGCUGUAGUCUAUGGGCAAUUCCACAGUAAUAGAGUGAUGCUGAGACUCUGAUUUUUAACUCAUAAAUGUAUGUCAAACAAAAACCAAUGAUACAACGUUAAACAAACCAUUCAACUCUUUGCACAAGGACUACUUUUAACAAUUUCUGCUGAUUGUCUUUACAAAAACACAUUUACUUAAAGAACAGUGCAGAUGGAAAGUUUGGUGUCAGAAGUGCAUCUGCACUGUUCUUUAAGUAAAUGUGUUUUUGUAAAAUGUUCAAUGGAAAUUGUUAAAGAGCAACUACCUUAAAAAAACAACUUCUCAUUUAGAAAACAGCCUGUGGUAUCGAUAUGAGUCAGAAACAUUUAUUCUACUGUCAUAAUUGACUACAAAGUGUAAAUAGGAUAAUUUUGGUCAUAAAGUCAGUCUCAUCCAAAUUUGAGUUUUGUGUGACUUGUGGUCGCAACUGCAUCACAAUGUAAAUGAAUGUUGGGUUCUGUGGAAUUGUCCUUUAUGCUAAUGCCAGUGGCAGGCCCAGGCCUCUGGGCAGUGGCAGCAUUCCUCUUGAAGUAGUGUUGUGUUUAUCAGAACUGUUGUGGCUAUUUCUUUAUUUAGCUGCCACACCUAUCAGGUUACAGUCCGCAGUACUGGGGCAAUUCACCCAAUAGGUCAUAGUGUGAUGACUAAGGACAACGUCUGAGAGUGUCUGAGUGGCGAGAAGAACACUCCCGUCUUGGAAGAGCGAUACAGCAAAUAACAAAUCAAGUGGGGACCACUAGACAGUUAUGAAUAAUUGAUCAGUGUGAAAAGUUAAGCAGGACUACAAAGAAAGCACACAGUUCUGUUGAUAUGCUUCUUCUAAAGUCCCAAAAUUAGGCUAAUUGACUUAAUCCAGUCUCUGGUUUCACAACUGGAGUGCCAUUUCAAUGGAGGCCUGCCUGCCUGUCUGUCUGUCUGGCUGCAUCUCGUCUCUCUCUCCACUUCCUCAGAAGGAAUCUGAGCAGAUCGAGCCCUGUGUGGAAUGCUGCAGCAGCACCCACUCUGCUCCUGCGAAAGGAAAGACGACGGAAGAGAAAGAGAGAGAGAGUGAGAGAGCGAGAGAGAGAGCUGGGAAUCGUUCCAUCCGAAACACCCACACACAGGCCCUCACUGCUCUCCAGCGCAGCAAUACUCUCUCCAAUCCUCUCUCUCCGUCUCUCUCUCUCUCUACUCUCUAUAUCUCUCUCAUCUCUAUAUCUCCUCUAUCGGCUCUCUCUCUCUCUUAUCUCUCUCUCUCUCCUCACACACUCACACUCACUCACACUCUCUCUCUCUCGCUCUCUCUCUCACACACACACUCGCUUUUGCACUCCUUCACCUAACCCACUUUAUUGUGUGUGUUUGUGUGUGCGUGUGUGUGUGUGUGGAGGGAAGGACCUAGAUUUGUGUGUUCCUGCAGAGGGCUGCUAUUAUGCGAUGUGCAGAGAAAGAUGUUGUCUGUCUGUCUCUGUGUCUGUCUGUCUGCGUGUGGUGAAUUUCUGUGUGUUUGUGCGUGUGGCCUGGACAUUGUGUGCCUGGAUAUGGAAACCUAUUUUUGGAAGCUUGCGGUUAAUAUAAAUUCCACCCACAAUCAUAGCAGGGAUUAUCCUAGCGCUGCAGUGUUGGCAAGUUUUAACUUUCUCCAUACACAUGAGUAAACCCUGAAUCAUAUGAUAUGGCUGAGGGGGAGAUGACACCAAGUAAGGUAACCGCCUCAGGAUUACAGUUCCUCUCUCUUUCAUUCUCACUUGCCCUCGCUCUCUUUCUCUGUCUUCCCUCUCUUCUUCACUCUCUUUCCCUGUCUUUCCCUCUCUUCUUCACUCUUUUUCUCUGUCUUCCCUCUCUUCUUCACUCUCUAUUUUGCUUUUUCUCUCUCACUCUCUCCCUUCUCUCACUCGCUCUCUUUCUCUCUUCUAUCUCUUUCCCUUUUUCACUCUUCCUCCUUCUGUCUCUCUUUUGAGGUCUUUCUUUCUCCCUCCUUCUGUUCUCUCUCUCUCCUCUGCUUCCGAGCAGUGCAGAGCCCAAGCUUUGUUGUUAUAUGCAUCUCUGCCAUAAAGUCAGUAUUCUUACGGCUCCAAACAAGUUAGGAAGAGAGGUAGAGAGAGGGAGUGAUGAAGGUGAGAUGAGGGAGAGAGGGGUAGAGAGAGGGAGGGAUUAAGGUGAGAUGAGGGAGAGAGGGGGUAGAGAGAGGGAGGAUGAAGGUGAGAUGAGGGGAGAGAGGGGGUAGAGAGAGGGAGGGAUGAAGGUGAGAUGAGGGGUAGAGAGUGGGAGGGAUGAAGGUGAGAUGAGGGAGAGAGGGGUAGAGAGAGGGAGGGAUGAAGGUGAGAUGAGGGAGAGAGGGGUAGAGAGAGGGAGGGAUGAAGGUGAGAUGAGGGAGAGAGGGGUAGAGAGUGGGAGGGAUGAAGGUGAGAUGAGGGAGAGAGGGGUAGAGAGUGGGAGGGAUGAAGGUGAGAUGAGGGAGAGAGGGGUAGAGAGUGGGAGGGAUGAAGGUGAGAUGAGGGAGAGAGGGGUAGAGAGUGGGAGGGUGGGAGGUAGAGAGGGAGGGAUAAAGGGGAGAUGAGGGAGAGAGAGGUAGAGAGUGGGAGGGUGGGAGGUAGAGAGGGAGGGAUAAAGGAGGGGAGAGGUGGUGUAGUAAUGAGACAUAAAGAGGAAGACAGGCUGCAAUGACAUGAGCUACUGCAAUGCAGGGUCAGCAGUGGCACUGUUAACACAGUGUUUAUACCUCACACACUCUCUACAGGUGUGUGUGUUUGCGAGGGAACGUAAUAGUAUGUGAGAGAGCAAAAGGUACAAAGGCAGAUCUGAAGGCACUAUCUAUGUGAAGUAAAUAUGCCAGAAGUCAUCCUUUGCACAUUGGAAGUCUAGGUAGAACCAUCACCAUAUUGCCUUAUACCUAUUCAGUCCCUUCAGAUCUGCAAACAUCCGAGCAAUGGGAACUAGGGGAAGGGGAUAGGGGUGACACAUUUCUAUUGUGUAGAGUGAUGUUAGGCUACAGUAGGUCUACAAUACAGUAGCCUUGCAGUGUGAGAGAGAGAGAGAGAGAGAGAGAGAGAGAGAGAGAGAGAGAGAGAGAGGUCCAGUGGGGAUAGCAGCCCAUUAUUAGAGUCACCCUCUGACAGAGAGUAAUGAGGCUGUUCUAUCUGGGACACAGAGAGAGAGGGGGGGGCACCACCAGCUCCCCUCACCACCAGCUCCCCUCACCACAGCCCAAACCACUAUAGCCUAAACCACAGCCCAGAGCAAACUAUAGGUGUUCUGGUGUGUGAGUGUGUGUGUUUUCAUGUGCUACAUCUAUGUAUGUUUUCUGUUACUGUUUGUGUAUGUGUGCAAAUAUACUGUAUGGCCAUCCGCUGUUGCAAACACAAGAGUGUUUGUAUGUUUGUCCCUCCUCCCUUCUCUUAUAGUUCAAAGCAGGAUUAACCUUAGCGCCCCUCUCCUCCCCCCCCCCUCCCCCUAGCCAGAGAAUCUGCUCCUGGCCAGCAAAUGCAAGAAUGCUGCCGUCAAGCUGGCUGACUUUGGCCUGGCCAUCGAGGUACAGGGGGAUCAGCAAGCCUGGUUUGGUACGUUUUGACUCUACACUACAUUCUGAUCCAAGAUCUGUGGUUCUGACUGUUUACUCUACCAACUGUUUACUGUUUCCAACCUUUAUUCAUCCCACUAGGGGUGACGUGUUAAGCUUGGAGUAAGGAAUUGUGUUUGUAUUUGUGUGUUUGUGUGUGUGCGUGCGUGUAUGUGUGCGUGCGUGCGUGCGUGUGUGUAUUGUCGUGCUGCAGGAUUUGCUGGCACACCGGGAUACCUGUCCCCUGAGGUACUGAGAAAGGAGGCAUAUGGCAAACCUGUGGACAUCUGGGCGUGCGGUGAGCAUCUCACACAUUUACACACACACACACACACUCUUUUGGGCACACAGAAAGACGCACACACAAAAAUGAUACACACAUGAAUGCCUUCACACCCAGACACAAAUGCUUGGACACAAAAGCACAAAGUAAAUAUUCAUUAAAAAAAUGCUGAUUCUGUGGGUUUCUCUCUCUCUCGUUUUCAAUCUCUCUCUCUUUCUCUCUCUCUCUUGCUCUCUCUGUCUCUCACGCUCUCUCGGUUUCUCUCUCACUCGUUUUCGUUCUCUCUCUCUCUCUCUCCCUCUAUCUAUCUCUCUCUCUCUCUCUUUCUCAGGGGUGAUUCUGUAUAUCCUGCUGGUGGGCUACCCUCCCUUCUGGGACGAGGACCAGCACAAACUGUACCAACAGAUAAAAGCAGGGGCAUACGAUGUGAGUUAUACAGGAUCGGACCAGGCCUGCUGUCCUCUCCUCUCUUCUCUUGUCUUCUCUCCCUUUUCUCUAUUCUCCUCAUCCUCCACUCUAUUCUUCUCUCCUUUCCUUUCACUGUGUCCUCCUCCCCUCCUUUGUCCUCCUCCCCUCCUUUGUCCUCCUCCCCUCCUUUGUCCUCCUCUCCUCCUCUCCUCUACUUAACGUUCUCCAUCUUUCCGCUCUCUGUUUGCUUUCCUGUUCUCUCUCUUUGCCCUCUCUUUCUUUCCGUUUCUUUUUCUUUCCCUCUCUUUUUGUACGCCUUUCCCCCUCUCCCCUCUUCCCUGCUGUGCCUCCUUUCUCUCCCCCCCCUCCCCCGUUUCUUUUUUAGAAGUAACUAAAUCACCUCAUUCAUAUUUUAGAGGAGCGGGGAAGUGCCUACCUUGGGCACAUUAGUCCCAUUUUAGGAAAGAAUCUCAGGGAGAUUAUGUCAUUGAGCUAUGAUGACGUUUAACAGCCCAACACCUAUUAUCAAAAGACACAUUGCUGUCUCAUCCCAAUGUUAUAUAUUUAUUUGUUAAUACGUUAUUUAUAUAGGAUAUCUUAGUAAGGCGGGUGUGAUAGUAAACAGAUAGUACACUUUGACACCACAUCUAUAUACACAGUCUUAUAUAGAGAGGACUACCCAGUUUAUUUACUGAGAGUAUUCAGCUGGCUGUUAUCCUGGUAUAAUUGAUCAUUCAAUGUAAUGGAUUGGCCAGCAAGUGCACUUACCUGGGACCUGUUCAGAGCGGUGGAAUAUUUGAAACAUUGCUGAUAGAAUUGUAUUGAUUACAUCUGUCAUACUUUUCAAUGAUAGAGAAUCAUAUAGACAAAUGGAGAGUCCAGAAGCCUAGAACCUGAUCAAGCCUGUGUGUGUGUUUGUGUGUGUGUCUGUGUGUGUGUAUGUCUGUGUGCGUGUUUGUGUGUGUGUGUGUGUGUGUAUGUCUCUGUGCGUGUGCAUGUGUGUAGUUUCCCUCCCCAGAGUGGGACACAGUCACUCCAGAGGCUAAGAACCUGAUUAACCAGAUGUUGACCAUCAAUCCUGCCAAGAGGAUCACCGCUCAGGAGGCCCUCAAACACCCAUGGGUCUGCGUAAGUACACAUGUCACUAUGUAUUGUAAUAUAUCCAGGAGAGAUAAACACCCACUCAUAUACAUACACACAAAGGCGCAAAGAUCUAACUAUAUCUCUGUGACUUUUGACUCAUGUGACUUACAUUUCCUCUUUGUUUAUUUUCUCUCUCUCUCUCUCUCUCUCUCUCUCUCUCUCUCUCUCUCUCUCUCUCUCUCUCUCUCUCUCUCUCUCUCUCUCUCUCUCUCUCUCUCUCUCUCUCUCUCUCACACACACACACAGCAACGUUCUACAGUGGCAUCCAUGAUGCACAGACAGGAGACUGUGGAGUGCCUGAAGAAAUUCAACGCCAGGAGGAAACUCAAGGUCAGUGGAUCACUUUGGUAUUCUGCGUCUGUUUCAAUUCAUUUGUGAGGGGUUUUCAGACCUCAAAAGUUUUCUUAAGUCAAGAUGAUUCCAUGCCACCUGUUCUAUAGAUAUAGCUAUAACCUGUUAUAUAGCUAUUUAGCUACAUUGAUAUGAAUUACUGCAUUGUUGGGUUUAAAGCUUGUAAGAAAGACAUUUCACUGUAUUUGGUCAAGUGACAUUACAACUUGAAACUAGCUAUUUGCCUAAAUCUCGAACGAAUGGAAAAGAUUAGCAUGAUAUUAUAAUCUGAAGUGUGGCCUGUUGUUGCCAUGACUCUGUCAUAUCAAAGCAGUCUUGGGCUGACCACCUCUCCCCUCUUCUCUCUUCUUCUCCUAUCUCAGGGGGCCGUUCUCACGGCUAUGCUGGUUUCACGGAACUUCUCUGGUAAGUGUUGCAUCAACACACACACCUACUCUUUACAUCGUGUGGAACCUGCCAAGGUUUGGGGCUCUGGCUAGAAGUUACCCUUAGGCACAGAUCCAGGAUCAGCUAACCCUCCCUAAAGUCAAGGGGUAAAAGGCCACUGAUGAGAUGCACACAAUGUGUCAGCUAUUUGGAGAUGAGAAGUUGAGUCCGGUAGCAAAUGUAGCAAAUAUGUGCACUUUCAACAGUAUAUAACUCAUUUUCCUAUUCUACACAAUCAGCAGUGUGUGUGUACUGCGUGUGUGUAAGCACGUGUGUGUGUGUGCCUGUGUCUGUCUGUCUGUCUGUCUGUCUGGGAGGUUGGUGUUUCAGUGAACAUGAGUCACUCUGAUCGUAACAGCAGACCUUUAUCCACACACACACACACACACACAUGCACACACAUGCACGUACAGACACAAGCAUGCACACACACUCCCACACACACUCACACACACACACACCUGUCCGUCGCAUCCCCACUCCAACACCCUCAUCUCCUCAGGAAGAGGAGCCAUUAUUAGAGUGAGGUCAUCCAGGGAUGAAUCACAGAGAAGAGAUGGAUAUGAGAGAGAGCGACAGAGAGAGAGAUGGAUGGAUGAGAGAGAGAGAGAUGGAUGAGGGAGAGCAAGGGGAGAGGGUUGAUGGAUGAGGUAGAAAGAGGAGAGGAGAAUGAUGGAUGAGGGGAAGGAAUACGAAAGGGAGAUGUGAGUGAUAAGGAGAGGAGACAAGAAAGAAAGUGGGAGAUACAGAUGUAGGAUCUUAAUUUGAUCACCCUGUUGCUGGAGAACUUUCCUGCAAUGCAGGAAAUGUAACACUUGUAGUGUAUUUCAGGUUUAAAAAGGCUUCUGAAGUUUGUAAUUUCAACUUUGACAUUUCAGACUUGAUUUUCCCUUACGAAAAAUGCAUCAACCACUACAAAAAUGUCCAUUAAGUAUAGUCUACAUAAUAAUUCACAUUUCUUGUUGCUGCAGGAUUUAUUUUCCCCGCUGUAGCAACCUGGCUCAAAUUAAGAUCCUAUAUCUGUAGAUAAGGGAGAGGGUGGAGAGUGAUUUAAGAGAUAGAGUAGGAUGCAAAAGUGAGAAUGAGAGGAGAGAUGGGAGGGGGUGUUAGCAGGGAUGGAAAGAGAGAGGGGCCAACAAGAGAAGUGAAAGAGAAAGGCUUCAGUAUCCAGUAUCUCCUUCUAACCGUCAUGAACUGUUCCAGUUGGGUAUUGGAUGAUGGUGUCAGAUGUAUCACUAGCUCUGUUCACUCCUAAUAGUGACUCCCCAUUGAACUCCAUUGAUGCUUUAUUUCAGUGUGUUGUAUGGAGGAAAAUACCCUACAUUGGGAGAUGUUGGACAACUUAUGUUGUCUUAUGUAAUUUGUUUCAUGAAAAUAUUGUGUUGGAUUGUGUUUCUCUGCGUGCUCUAUUAAUUCACCUCUAUUUUGGACUAAUGAACCAUAUUUGUUUCCCUCUCUAUUUUUUCCUCUCUUCUCUGCCCUCUUCCCUCUACCCUCCAACCUCCUUCUCUCCUCUCCUCUUCCCUUCUUGCUACUCUUCCCCCCCCCUCUUUCUCUGUGGUGACUGUGUGUGUGGGACACUAACAGUCGGCUGUCGCUCCACCGCUCCGAUCAGCAUCACUGCCGCAGCGGCAGCUGCAUCCGCGGCAGCGGGCACCACCACUGGGCUGGUGGAACAAGGUAGCCUGGCACACCUGGGGGUGCUAGCCUCCUCACUCCCACCCUCCCUCUUUCCCUUUCCCUUCUUGCCCUCUUGACCUCCUCCCUCCCUCUCUCCUUUCCUCCUGGCAUGGGGUGUUCAGAGCAUGCCACUUCCAUCGCCACACUUCGAUAGCCACCCGGCCUCUUUCUCUCCACUCAGCUGCUCUCCCUUCCCUUCUGCUCCAUCUCUCCAUUCCUUCACUGCACAUAGCAGCACAUUGGAGCAUGCCUGAGCCAACAAGACCUGUCCUUGUUCUCCCUCUCUGAUCUCCCUUUCUCUCUCAUUACUUUUUCUUCUAACCCACCGUUCCACACUGCUUCAAUCCCAUCUUCAUUUGCCUCUUUUCAUCUAAUACCUCUAUUUCCUUCCUUGUUCCCCUGCUCUACCUCUUUUCUCAAUUUUGCGCUGUCUGUUAAUAACACUGGAAAGUUUACCCCCCUAUCAUUUUAAGGAUGGAACAGCCCAUGUGCUGUCGGUGAAUGCUGCAUGGGGCGCUGGACUGGUGCAUGCAUUCUAACACGGGGGGUUACGGGGAUAUGAUGCAUGGUUAACACUGUGAAAGAUGCAAGGUUGGGGCUUCUCAUCCAAAAUAGUUUUUAUACCUGUAACAUUCCAAAAUUUGUGGAUGACAUAACAACAGAAGGACAAUAGUUUGCCUGUAGUUGAGUGUGUAAUUUCACCACACUUGAUGAAUAAAAAGGCAAUAGAAUAACCACUACACAGUCUAGUGUAGGGAAAGAUCUGGUUCCAUCAGUCUUCUAAGUACAUUGUUAUUGUAGGUUAUUGUACUGUAUGUUCAGCAAUACUAGCAUUGGCUAACUAUUCAAUUGAAUGUUUAUACUGUUUAUAGCGUAGGGAUAGAGCUGAUGCAAUCAGCGCUGCUGUCCUCUCCACUUCCCUCUGUCUCUGUCUCCACAAGACUGAUCAAAUAUUGCAACUUCAUACUGGCCUGUCUGUCUCUCUACAUUAGAUCUACUCUCCUUCACUAGAUUACGCUAGAGAGACAGGGACAGAGACACACAGGAUCCACAAUACAGUUAGCCUCUCUAGAGGGAAAUAGAAGUUCAUUGAAAUGUUUCUUCUUAUUAUGAAAAACCAACAUGAUUCUGCCUUGACGCCUUCAUCCGAGUGCUUACAGACAUAGACAGACUGGCACAAGACGGACAGGCACAAGACAGACAGACAGACAGACAGACAGACAGACUGGCACAAGACAGACAGACAAAGGCUUUUACAAAUCAGCCUCCAUCCUUGCUUCUUCCUGUAGGUUCUGCUAUUUACAGGAAUGUAAGUGACCACCUUAAUGGGUAUUAACCAAUGUGACCCAUUCUCUUCUUUCUCUUAAUCUCUUCCUCCUCUCUUUUCUUCCUUCCUUCUCGCUUCUGUAAUUUGUGGCAAGGUAAGGAGCCUUCUUGAUUCCUCUACAGCACGGGUAAGCAACCCUGGUCCUGGAGUGCCGAAAGCACUUCAUGUUUUUGAUUUAACCGAUCUGGAAGACGAAGUGUGUUGAAUUUAGUCAAUCACUGAACUGAUCAAUUAUCUCAGUUGGUCAGGUGUGGUGCCUAGUUGGAACAAAAUCCUGCAGUACCUGCGGUACUCCAGGAACAGGGUUGCCUACCCCUGCUCUACAGGGUUUAAGAACAGCAUGACCUUUGGGUUUACAGGUUGGGACAAAACACCAUGGAAUUCUACUUUCUCUCAUUUUAUGGAAUCUAUCGGAGCGAUCUGAGAGUGAAUGUAACUGCAACCAAUGAUGUAUAUAAACACAAAAAGGGCUAAAUAUGUUUGUCUAUGACUGCAACUCAGUGGUUGUUCUGCAGCUCAGACCACUUCCAUUCUAGAGUCUGACUGAGCUUUCUGAAAGUGUUCCAGAAGCUUCUAAUUAUUCAGAUAGAAGGCUCUGGUCUGUUCUAUCAUCGAAGGAAAAACAAUGUCAGUUUAUUGGAAUAAAUGUUCUGUGAAAAAUGCUGGGGGGAAAACAUCCCUCUUCUCUCCCUCCUCCUUUCCCUCCCUUCUCCUUCUCCCUUCCUCCUAUCCUCCUCCGUCCCUCCCUCUCUGUCUUUCUCUCUCUGAGACUUCAAACAAGAUGUGAGAAUGCACUUGACACUGUUAUGUCCCGUAAUGAAAACAUAUUAUCACCUAUGGCUGCAAAUAUUGAGGCAACUUAUUCAAAUGCUUACCUUAUAAUAAUGCUCAUUGUGCACAGUAGGCUACACAUCAUGAAAUAUAUUGAGGCCAAAAAAUAGCAGACAGUAGCCAAAUAGCCAAAUAAAACUAAAUUGAUUGAAAACCGUGAUGCAGUCAUCUCGGGUUUUCAUUUGAAGCAUCUUUUUAUCCUUCGCUUGUGUGUAGCAAUGCAAAGACAUUGGUAACUUCGUAUUUGUUGUCCACUUUGUUGUGAAGUUAUCGGUGGUGAAAGGCUUGUGCGUAAUGAAGAGAAACCAGAGUCGUGUUGGAGCUAGGAACACAAGCAUUUCACUAUACCUGCAAUAACAUCUGCUAAAUAUGUGUAUGUGACCAAUACAAUUAAAUUUGAUAUAAAGUGACGGAAUGCAUCUAACCGUUGAGUCGUGGUAAUUAGGUUUCUCCAAAACUGUGCUCUGAUACCUCUGAUAGUCAUUAGUAGCCUACCAAAUUUGCUAACGGCCAGUCUCUAAUGGCCAGUGCUCAGCACUAUUGUCCCUCUAAUCACACUGACAUCAAUGCAAAUGCAAUCUAAUCAAUUCAUGAGCCCUGGCGUUCAGAGUUUGAGCGGAAUAGGAUCACCUGUUGCGCAGCGAGAGCCAGCUCCUCAUAACUGGUUCAUGCAUGGAAUUAAAUGAGGGUUCCUGUUGCGCAACAUUUCUAUAGGCUAUGCUAUGCAAUUGCGUGAGAGAAAAGAGAUUUGAUGGCCUCUAUUAAAAAGAGGAGGAUCCCAUCAGCUUUCUAUAGGCCUACUAUAUUUAUUUCUCAACUUUCCAUAUAUUAAGCACAUUGCUUCUCUUUACAACCGGAGUAGCCCACCUGGCCGGCAUGAAAACGAACCGCGGGAAAAGCGUCCUCCAUUUGCUAUUCCGACAGGUGCAUGAUAAUGUCCCAUUCUAAAUCAAAACUAAUUUCACACAUAUUAUUUAGUAUAUUUAAAGACAACAUUACAUUGAGAAUAGUCUGAAUGGUGAGAAUAUUAUAACUUGUGAAUGAUGCCCAGUGUGUGCAGUCUAAGGCAAGAAACAGCACUUUUUCUAAUCAUAGUCGUAUGCAUCAUGUAGCCUAGCACAUAGGCCUUAAUGUUUUGAUAAGGUUUGUAUCGCAACUAAAGUGGCCAAAUAACUCCAAAUGUAGCCUAUAGGCCCAAGACCUCUGGAACAUUGUUGGAGAGCCCAUAGCCUACAGAGCCUAGUGAAACAUGUCCUUACAGUAGAAGCUCAGUCAUUUCGCAAUUGUGUGUGAAAACAGAGUUUUGACUGGCCACUAUUUAAAAGUGGAUCCCAGCUUUCUCGUGCUGCUAUAUUUAUUGCUAAAUUCUUAAAAGAUUAAGCACAUUAAUCUGCUUUACAAACGGUGUAGCCUACCUGGCAUAUUAAAAACAUAACUGCACAUAACCUCCCUUCGCUAUUCGAGCGCAGGCUAUGGAUGACAUGUUUUUUUUGUGGGCCAUUCUAAAUAAAAAAAUAAUUCCACACAUAUAGAAAAGUGAGAAUAUUAUCAAUUCCUUGUCAAACUGUGAAUGAGAGACUGAUGAAGUGUGUGCAGCCUGCGCAAGAAACACAGCAGUGCGCUUCCCUUUCAUGCAACUUUUUUCAAAUCAUUAGUUGCAUCAUGCAGCCUUAGAAUGUGUUAAAAAUCAAAACAUACAGCCCAACAUUUGUAUCACAACUAAAGUUGCAUAAAUAACUCUAAAUUAAGCAUAUAGGAGGACCUGUUUCUUUGUUAACCGCUCAACACAGAAUAGCCAUAUGUGCUCAUUCCCUCGGAAAUCGUUUGGGGAAAAAUAUCCUUUCUAUUUUAUUCAGCUAUAUUCAAUUGUAUUGUUCUUAUAGCCAGAUCAGGGCCUAACAUAAGGACAACUCAGAAUAUGCUAUUCUGUUCUUCUGAAAUAGGCUACAUUUUCUUUAGACCUGCCUAAAAUAAAUAAUAAACUUAUUGUGAUGCUGUAGGCUAUAUUAAAUGAAUGUAUUAUACUUUUUUAAAUGUAGAUGUCCAGAGGUUGGCUUUAGGCUAUGCAUGGUGGCCGGAGAUGUUAAACGUGUUUGUUAAAUAACGGUCAAUUACUGUGAGACCGGCAGUUAUUUGCAUGACAAUCACCGGCUGACAAAAUGUCAUGACCGCCACAGCCCUAGUUUUGGGAAACAGCUCUGAGAUUUAAUGUUACUCCUACAAAGGUUCUAGCGAUGAACUUAGCCUUAAGAUGCUUUUGGGAAAAAGGGCCCAGGUGUUUAUCGUGCUGGCCGAUGUACCUAGCAAAUGGAUGAAUUUGCACAUUUAGCUAUCUGUAUGCUGGUAAAAAUGAGAUGCUAUAUCAAUUGAGGCAGAUGGAAAGGGGGAAUGGGAUACUAUGUAGGAAGGAAGGGGAAAAGCAGAGGAAACGAAAUUGCAAGUGUUGCAUUAUCCUCUCUUUUUUGUCUUUCCCUCGGUCUUCCUCUGUAUCGGUUUCAAAGCUCUCCCUCUCUUUUCUCUCUCUCUCUCAUAUUCUCUCUCUCUUUCUCUCUCUCUCUCUCUCUCUCUCUCAUAUUUCUCUCUCUCUCUCUCUCUCUCUCUCUCUCUCUCUCUCUCUCUUCUCUCUCUCUCUCUCUCUCUCUCUCUCUCUCUCUCUCUCUCUCUCGCUCUCUCUCUCUCUCUCUCUCUCCACACACCACCAUGUUUUGACUUCUGUCUCAUCACUGUCUCCUCUCCUCUCGUGGCCUCAAACACACUUUGAACAGGCUUCCCCUUUGGGAGAAGGGCUCGCUUCCAAUUCCUCCAGAAAUUAGUUUCUAAAGGAAAUUCUAAUGGAAGUCAAGCCUCUAUUUAAAAUUCACUGCAGACUUUAUGUGUGCAAUGUGUGUAGAGAGAGACAGAGCUAGACAGAGCUACAGAGAGACAGAGACAGAGAUGGGAGAGCACAAGCUAUAUAGAGAUAGAGCUAAAGAGAGAGAGAGAGCUACACAGAGAAAGAGAGAGCUAAAAAGAGAGAGGAGAGAAGAGAGAAAAUAGUCCAGAAUGCCAGAAAUUGUGUUUUAUGUCAUGUGGUAGUGUUGAUGUUGUGAUAGGAUGUGAUUAGACUGUCAAUAGGACUCAGGCCUUUAAAAGUAGCAGUGGAGCUGAUGAUGUCUAGUAGAGUUAGAGGAGCGAGACUGGGACGGUCUUACUCUGACAGGUAUAGAGCCCACCUGCUAGAUGAGACAAUGUUGAUUGACAGCGAGGUAAAGGAUGGGGAGGUGCACUUGUCCAAAAAAAAGGUGCUAUCUAGAACCUAAAAAGGUUCUCCUAUGGGGACAGCCGAAGAACACUUUUUGGUUCCAUGUAGAACCCUUUAGGUUCCAGGUAAAACACUUUUUGGUUCCAUGUAGAACCCUUUCCACAGAGGGUUCUACAUCAUGGAAACUAAAAGGGUUCUACCUGAACCAAAAAGGUUUAUCCUAUGGAGACAGCCAGAGAACCCUUUUGGACCCCUUUUUAGUAAGAGUGUGUGUGGUGUGUUUCAAGUUUCAAGUUUUUAAUGUCACAUGCGCAAGUCCAGUGCAAUGCCUUUCUUGUGUGUGUGUGUGUGCGUGUGUGUUGGGAGGCAGGGUUGGGUAGGUUACUUUCUAAAUGUAAUUUGUUACAGUUACUAGUUACCUGUCCAAAAUUGUAAUCAGUAAUUUAACAUUUGGAUUACCAAACUCAUUAUUGAUUACUUUUGGUUACUUUUAGAUUGCUUUGCCCUUAAGAGGCAUUAAAAGAAGAAAAACAUUUAUAUUUCCAAUUGAACGACAUUUAUUGCAGGAUAAAUCAAUGUUAGACUUUACAUAGCUGGCCAUAAAUGAAUGUUGCAUUUUACUUUAUGGGUUGGUUAUGUAGGCUUCUUCUAACCCAUUGCUUUCUACUAUAGAUAAUACGAUUAGGCUAUAUCUUUACAUUUAAAAACCAAGUCUAUCAGAUUUUCAGUCAUUCCAAUUAGUUUAAUGACCCUUGAUCAUCAUAGUGGUCUCUGACUUGUUGUCAGACUCACUCAGGCAGAAACAAACUUAAACGUGCGCCUUUUUUCAAUGCUGAUUUGAAUGCCAUUGAGAAAACAGAAAGGUGUCAUAUUUUUUUGGCAAACAUCCUUUCUGAACUUAAAAGUAAUCCUAGAAGUAAUCAUCAAGUUUUUCAAAAGUAUCCGAUUGCAACAUUUUUGCUGGUAACGUAAUGGAUUACAUGUCAUCCGUUACUCCCCGACCCUGUUGGGAGGGGACCCAUUUUGGACUCUAGCCCCGAAGGGGACCUCGGGGACAAACUCCAGUAUCUUUCUCUCUCUCUCCCAAACUCGUUUUUCUAUCUCUGCCUCAUUAACUAAUUAACCAGUUCCCCUAAAUGAGGUUCUGUUGCCCACGGCAACAACCCACAUCAACUCUCGCUGGGCCUAACCCAGGAACAAUUAUGGGUGUGUCUGUUUCUAUUACAUAGGUGCACGCGUGUCUGUGUGCACAUAUGCUCUGCACAUGGCGUGUGUGUCUGUCUGUGUCCUGGUGUAGUAGCUGGUGAGGAUACUGACUGUUGUCUGUAUGACAUUCCCCCUGUUGCUGAGGAUUGUGGGUAUUGUGCUAAUCGGACUACUGUCUACAGUAUUAGUCCAAGAAGGGAAUAACUCUUAAAAUGUUAUUUUCUUACCAACUGUGGUACUUAGGAAGCCGUCUAUUUUUGUGUUUUAAUGAACAUUGUGCUUCUCAAACAGUUUAAUAGGAGGACCAUUAAUCUAAUCAUGUUACAGAUGACUGCCUUGUCCCCUUGGUACCAUAAUGCUAGCAAUUAAUGCCUCUAAGCACCUACUGACUUUGAUUCUCUUUAAUCUCCAGCACUACAAUACACAGUCACAUUAACUUUCCUAUCUUGUGUAUAAAAGGCCUCAGGUGCCUUCUGUUUGUAUGGCGGUCAAAUGAACAUGACUCCUGCAGGUUGAUGCUGUUGUCUCUGUGUGAUCUCUCCUGUGCUCUCGCAACAUCUCUGACCUGCUGUCUAUCUCCUGUUGUUUCCUAUUGCAGCAGCCAAAAGUUUGCUCAACAAGAAGGCAGAUGUCAAGGUAAGGCCCUGUUCAACUUACACAUUCCUGCUCCAAACCUUCCAUUUCCUUCUCCUCUUCUACCUUCUCUUAACUUAUCAGGGGUUUAGGCCCUGGUUAUUUUCCUCUCUCUCUCCCUCUCUCUCUCCCUCUCUCUACCUCUCUUUCCCCCCCCCCUCUCUCUCUCCCUCUCUCUCUCCCUCUCUCGCGCCCUCUCUCUACCUCUCUUCCUCUGCUUUUGCUUAGCUUGUGUGUUUCUGUGUAGUUGAAAGUGUCUCUUGCUCAGUGAUUCGUGAACGUCCUGUCUUUAUGUCACUGUGGCUUUGGUGGCUGACUGUGAUAUGUGUGUGUGUGUGUGUGAGAUGUGGGAGAGAGUGUUGACUCAAUUUGCAACCAUCACAAAAUAGUGGCCUCAAGUGUAGUGUGUGCAUCCGUUCACGCCUGUGUCUCCUCAUUGCACCUUGUCUUGUCCACUUUUUUUGUCACUCCAGCAUUCCUUCUUUCUCUUCUUUCCAUCUCAUCCCUCUGUUCUUUUCUUUUCCCCCCUCCAUCACGGUUUCCAUUUCCUGCUCACCCCAUCUGCUCUUUAACCAUUUGAAACCCUUCCUGGCUGGCUGACGUGACUUAAUGAAUCUCUCGCCAUCCUCGACCCCAUCUCACCUAACGCACCAACACAUCCCACGCAUUGUGUGUGUGUGCGUGUGUGUGUGCGUGUGUGUGUGGGCGGGGGAAAGGCAGAGCGGAUGGAGGUUGGAGAAUAGUGUGAGCAUGUUUGUUCUUGUGAGUAUGUAAAUUAGGGAGCUUGUGUACCUGUAGGUGUUUGUGUGUUAGUGUGUGUGUGGUGCGUGUGUAAUAAGCAUCGAUGUAUCCGUGUGUGUGUGUGUGUGUGUGUGUUUGUGUUUGUGUGUGUGUUUGUGUGUGUGUUCAGUAGGGAAUGUGACUCCAGUUCCAGGAAUAGCCAUGAGUCUGAACCCUGGAAACUCACCAGCCAGAAAUAGACUCUCUCUCAAACACAAACACACACGCCACACACACACACUUCCCCCUGCUCAUCAUUGCCUAGCAACAGGACCCCUGACACACUCGGCCUAACCGUUUAAAAAUAUUUAAAUUGUGUUUUUCUUUCCUCCUCCCUCUCUUUCUCUCUCUUCGCUCCCUCUCUCAUAAUUAUUUCCCUGGUUGUAUCGCUCCUCUGACCCCUCUCAUUGUCCCCUCUGUUCUUUCUUGUUCUGUAAUGCAGAACAGAACAGCACCUGACAUUUUCCACCUCAGUCAAACACCAGCUUCAGCUGCAUUGUGCUCUCUUCUCUUCUGUUCUGUUCUGGCAAUAGCUGCUACUGCACUGCUGUGAGGCUGCCGUGUCGCAUCCCUCCAAUAGAGUUCCAGACACUUGUAGAAUCUAUGCCAAGGUGCAUUGAAGCUGUUCUGUUAGCUCGUGGUGGCCCAACGCCCUAUUAAGACACUAUAUUGGCGUUUCCUUUAUUUUGGCAGUUACCUGUAGAUUACAAAUGUAGUUAGAGGUUAUUGUUCUGCUUUUUAAUCAUAUUAGAUGGCACUUUUGAAUGUGUAUUAAAGGGAUACUUCACUUUUGCCAAUAAAGCCCUUUAUCUACUUCCCCAGAGUCAGAUGAAUUCGUGGAUAUAAUUUUUAUGUCACUGCGUGCCGUUUGAAGGAAGUUGCUAACUAGUGUUAGCGCAAUUGCCUACAAGCGUUAGUGCAGUGACUGGAAGUCUAUGGUAAAUGCUAGCAUGCUAGUAGAAACCUUAGACUUCCAGUCAUUGCGAUAAUGCUAGUUAGCAUUGGCACACAAAACUACCUCUAACUUCCUUCAUAAUGGAAGAAGAGACAUAACGAUGGGUUCAUGAGUUCAUCUGACUUUGGGGAAGUAGAUAAUGGGCUUCCUUGCCAGAAUCCUGAAGGAAGGAGAAUCAUUUUUUCUCCUUCCUGCUCUUUUCUUCAAGAAAUACUAUUUUCCUUCUUUCCUCAUCACAAAAGAAUGAUUGAUGAUUUUACUCCCAGUCAGUGCUCCUCCUUAGCCGCUCCUGAAACUUUUCCUAUUUUAAAUUUUUCUUGUAUUCCUCAUGAUGCCACACCAUCCUCUGUUCCUGGCUACCACUUGCGCACCCUCCCAUUUCUUUCUUUCUUUCUUUCUUUCUUUCUUUCUUUCUUUCUUUCUUUCUUUCUUUCUUUCUUUCUUUCUUUCUUUCUUUCUUUCUUUCUUUCUUUCUUUCUUUCUUUCUUUCUUUCUUUCUUUCCUCUUGAGAAUCCAUAGAAGUUACAUUUUCUAUGGGAUAUCCUUUUUUUUCCUAUCCUUUUUUAACUGGUGAAAUUGAACUUCUUUAUGGUGGUUUUGAGCCUAUUGAUCCACCAUGCUCACCAACCAAGGCUCUCAUUUUAUUCGACAUGCUCAUCCUUCAGUACUUGUUGUCAUCCGUUCUUUCUUUCUCUCCCUCCUAUCUUUCUCUCUCCCUCCAUCAUCCUUCCAUCACCUGGGACAGAAACGUAAGUCCAGCUCCACUGUCCAGUACAUGGUGAGCAUGCCAUUUUAACGUCCCUGGACCUCCCUCUUUCUCCCUCCCUUUUUCCCACUCCCUCAUUCCGCGGCUCCACUUUUCUCCCCCACUUCUCCACGUUUUUUGACCCUCCUCGAUUCAUCUUUCACUGUCCUCAUUCACUCCUCCCCCCUCUCUCCAUUCCUCCCAUCUUUAGUUUGCCAGUCCUAUAUGGAACUGCAUUUUCCCCUCGUCUUAUGAGCUUGGAGUUCAGUUCACCUACCUAACCUAA